AUGUUACCUUCGACGGGGUUCUCGUUUCGAGACCCCCGACAGAUUCUCAGCAGUGAGCAUGCCGAGACCUUUCCAGCGGUGAGCUGGCAACGGGGUUGCAGUGUCCGAUGUUUGCGAGGAACAUUCGACUCGAUUGACGAAGGCCAAUUGUGGAGCAUGGGGACAGGGGAAAUGUGGCCUCGGGCUUCGGAUACCAAAGCCAAUGAAGCUGAUAACCCAGGCGCUCGGAGCGACCAUGGCAGCGGAACAGGAGCUUGCAUGCCGAGGCCAGACCUGAUUGAUCACCUGGGUAGUAGGGACGUAGUCGGCAAUAGUUGUGCGGAGUCAGAUACAUAUCUGAAAUGGUUGAAUCAGUUGAUGCAGGGGGAUGGCAAUGGUAUUAUCUAA